AUGUUAGACAGAAUAAAUAAUCUCUUCCCAGAUUUAAAUCCUAAAGAUAAUGUUCCAGAAGAAUUUUAUGAUAAACUAAUGAAUAUAGUAGAAAUAUUUGUAGAUGAAGAUUUAGAGAAAAAAUGGAAAAGACAGAAAGAUAUAACAAGCAAUAACAAUUAUUUACAACAUAUUAAUUUAACAUGUUCCUAUCAACAUGAAAAAUCUAGUUUAGCGGCAUGGGGUUAUUCAUCUAAUCUACCAAUGAAUUUGAGAAAGAUCCCUGAUCUCAAUGUUGCAAAAUACACUGAAAAUAAUUGGGAAUCUUUAAGACACGAAUGGGAACCUUAUGCAAAAAGAGAUGCCCUAAGUCUUGGAGCUUGUUUGAUGAAAUAUAACCAAGUAACGAAAGAAGUUGUAAACCAGAGUAUGUCCAAUAAUCUAAAGGCUCCAGCUUUAUCUUUUAAGGGUUGGUAUUAUUCAUAUGAUUACGAUAAAGAAAUGGUUGAAGAAGAAUGGUAUGAAACUACUAGAAUGGUGCCGCAACAUACAGAAAAAGAACAUAUAGAAAAAGUUUAUUCGCACACUAAUCCUUUUAUAAGACAUUUUAUCAGACGAUAG